ACAACCUCAGGUGAAGAACCCCUGUUCUUACUUACACAUCUCUCUUUCUCUCUAUAGAUUUUUCACAUUGGGGUUUGAAAGUAUUCAAACUCCAUUGUUAUUAUUAAUCUGAUUUCAAACGGCUAUUUUGUUCCGCUCUGUUGUUGAAGAUGGGUGGCGAUACUGCUCUCAGUCUAGAAGGCAUCAAGAAUGAGACCGUCGAUCUGGAAAAAGUACCAAUUGAAGAGGUGUUCGAGCAGUUGAAAUGUAACCGAGAAGGUCUGAGCUCCGAUGAAGGAGCCCAAAGGCUCGAAAUUUUCGGACCCAACAAACUAGAAGAGAAGAAGGAAAGCAAAUUCCUCAAGUUUCUCGGGUUUAUGUGGAACCCUCUAUCAUGGGUCAUGGAGGCUGCCGCCAUAAUGGCCAUUGCACUCGCUAACGGUGGUGGUAAGCCGCCAGAUUGGCAAGAUUUCGUCGGUAUUGUUUGCCUGCUUGUUAUCAACUCCACCAUCAGUUUCAUCGAAGAAAACAACGCUGGAAACGCUGCUGCUGCACUUAUGGCCGGUCUCGCACCUAAAACCAAGGUUCUAAGGGACGGACGCUGGAGCGAACAAGAAGCUUCUAUACUGGUUCCAGGAGAUAUCAUAAGCAUCAAACUCGGUGAUAUUGUUCCGGCUGAUGCUCGUCUACUAGAAGGCGAUCCAUUAAAAAUCGAUCAAUCCGCCCUUACCGGAGAAUCUCUCCCGGUAACCAAAAACCCAUACGACGAAGUAUUCUCCGGUUCAACUUGCAAACAAGGCGAACUGGAAGCCGUUGUGAUCGCCACAGGAGUCCACACCUUUUUCGGCAAGGCUGCGCAUCUAGUCGACAGCACAAACCAAGUGGGACACUUCCAAAAGGUUCUCACCGCUAUCGGAAACUUCUGCAUUUGCUCCAUUGCUGUAGGAAUGGUGGUAGAGAUCAUUGUCAUGUACCCGAUCCAACACCGAGAGUACCGAAAAGGGAUUGAUAAUCUGUUAGUGUUGCUUAUUGGUGGUAUUCCGAUUGCUAUGCCUACUGUUCUUUCGGUUACUAUGGCUAUUGGAUCGCAUAGGCUUUCACAACAAGGUGCUAUUACUAAAAGAAUGACUGCUAUUGAAGAAAUGGCGGGAAUGGAUGUGCUUUGUAGUGAUAAAACUGGGACUUUGACGCUUAAUAAGCUUACGGUUGAUAAGAAUUUGAUUGAGGUGUUUGGUAAAGGUUUGGAUAAGGAACAGGUUUUGCUGUAUGCUGCUAGAGCUUCUAGGAUGGAAAACCAAGAUGCUAUUGAUGCUGCUAUUGUUGGAACCCUUGCUGAUCCCAAAGAGGCACGAGCUGGCAUUAGAGAGGUCCAUUUCUUCCCAUUCAACCCGGUGGAUAAGAGGACUGCUUUGACAUACAUUGAUAAUAAUGGCAACUGGUUUAGAGCUAGCAAAGGUGCACCUGAACAGAUUUUGACCCUUUGCGGGUGCAAAGAAGACCUGAAGAAGAAAGUUCACGCAAUGAUUGAUAAAUUCGCUGAACGUGGGCUGCGAUCUUUGGGUGUUGCGAGACAGGAAGUGCCGCAAAAAUCGAAAGAUAGCGCAGGCGGUCCGUGGGAGUUUGUUGGGUUGUUGUCUCUCUUUGAUCCACCAAGGCAUGACAGUGCCGAGACCAUCCGAAGAGCUCUCAACCUUGGUGUUAAUGUCAAGAUGAUUACUGGUGAUCAACUUGCUAUCGCUAAGGAAACCGGUAGAAGGCUUGGUAUGGGAGUUAACAUGUAUCCUUCGUCGUCUUUACUUGGCGGACACAAGGACGAAUCAAUUGCCGGACUUCCAGUAGACGAGUUGAUCGAGAAAGCUGAUGGAUUUGCUGGAGUUUUCCCUGAGCACAAGUAUGAAAUUGUGAAGAAAUUACAAGAGAGGAAGCACAUUUGUGGUAUGACUGGAGAUGGUGUGAACGACGCACCUGCUUUAAAGAAGGCUGAUAUUGGAAUUGCGGUUGCUGAUGCAACCGACGCUGCAAGAAGUGCUUCUGAUAUCGUGCUUACUGAGCCUGGGCUUAGUGUCAUCAUCAGUGCUGUGCUUACGAGUCGAGCUAUUUUCCAAAGAAUGAAGAAUUACACCAUCUAUGCGGUUUCAAUCACCAUUCGUAUCGUGUUUGGAUUUAUGUUUAUCGCGUUGAUAUGGAAGUUUGACUUCUCUCCCUUUAUGGUGCUUAUUAUUGCAAUUCUUAACGACGGUACUAUCAUGACAAUCUCCAAGGAUAGGGUGAAACCAUCUCCGUUACCAGACAGCUGGAAGCUAAAAGAGAUCUUUGCCACCGGAGUUGCUCUUGGAGGUUACUUAGCUUUAAUGACAGUUAUCUUCUUCUAUAUCAUGAGGGAUACCGACUUUUUCUCGGAUAAAUUUAGCGUGAAAUCUCUUCGGACCAGUGAAACCGAGAUGAUGGCUGCUUUAUAUUUGCAAGUCAGUAUUGUGAGUCAAGCUCUCAUCUUCGUCACGCGUUCACGUAGCUGGUCGUUCGUUGAACGACCCGGCUUCUUACUGAUGGGCGCUUUCCUUGCAGCACAACUGGUAGCAACUUUAAUCGCGGUAUACGCAGAGUGGGAAUUCGCAAGAAUCAAAGGAAUCGGAUGGAAAUGGGCUGGCGUUAUCUGGCUUUACAGCAUCGUGUUUUAUUUCCCGCUUGAUAUCAUGAAGUUUGCUAUCAGAUACAUCCUUAGUGGCAAGGCUUGGAACAGCAUGAUUGACCAAAGGACUGCUUUCACAACAAAGAAGGAUUAUGGAAGAGAAGAAAGAGAGGCCCAAUGGGCUCAUGCUCAAAGGACUCUUCACGGGCUUCAAGCACCCGAUACCUCAACCCUCUUCAACGAAAAGAGCAGCUACAGAGAAUUGUCUGAAAUCGCUGAACAGGCCAAACGACGUGCUGAAGUUGCAAGGCUUCGAGAGGUGCUUACGCUCAAGGGUCAUGUUGAGUCAGUGGUGAAACUGAAGGGGCUCGACAUUGAUACUAUUCAACAGCAUUAUACAGUAUGAGGAACUUUUGAUAUGGGAAAAGGGGUCGGUUUUGUUUACCUUUAACUUAUUAUAGAAUGAAGGUCAACUUAAAGACCGCGCUGGGAGAAGUGUUACGUGCUGCAAUGCAGCCAUGAGUCGUUAACGUUCAUGUUUUGUUGUGAAUUUUCAUGCGUUUACCCGUACGGGGUUUGUGUUUGGUCGCUUCUUACUUGUUAGCAGUGAAGCAUAAGUUGUGAUACAUUUUCUCUAUGACAUAGUUUCUUUUUUUUUUUCCCUUUGUUUGUAUGAACCAAUGUAAUGAACAAAACCAAUGGCAGUGGUGCUUGUAAUCUACAAGUUAAGUUUUACUUGAUACAUUUUAUCUUGUGGCU